UCUCUCUCUGUCUCUCUCUCUCUCUAGAAGACAUAAUAAUGUGUCAACUAGCUCCCUCUCCCUCUCCCUCUCCCUCUCCUCUGUCCAGCAUAGUAAUAAAAAACCCAGAGUCCGACAUGUUCGAUCCUUUGAUACCCGAAACUCGAACAUAUCAGCAGCAGCAAUCAAGUGAAGCCGAUAAGGCCCACAAAACUCAUCUCCUCUCUGAUUCAAUUAAAGAAGCCAAGUCCAUAGCCAAAAUAGCACUUCCAAUGAUACUAACAGGCCUUUUACUCUACUCUCGCUCAAUGAUCUCCAUGCUCUUCCUAGGCCGCCUCGGCGAGCUGGCCUUGGCCGGCGGUUCUCUAGCCGUCGGCUUCGCUAACAUCACCGGAUACUCGAUUCUCUCCGGCCUCGCCAUGGGAAUGGAACCUAUAUGUGGCCAAGCAUUUGGCGCCAAAAAACACACCCUUCUUGGCCUUUCCUUGCAAAGAACGGUGCUUCUGCUCAUUUUAACUUCAUUCCCAAUAGCUCUUCUUUGGCUUAACAUGAAGAGAAUUCUACUCUUGUGUGGCCAAGAUGUAUCUAUAGCGACAGAAGCUCAAUCUUAUCUUUUGUACUCUCUUCCCGACCUCUUAGCUCAAUCUCUGCUUCACCCAUUACGAAUCUAUCUCCGAACUCAAUCCAUAACUUUACCUCUAACAUUUUGUUCUGCUCUAGCAAUCAUUCUUCACAUACCCAUUAAUUAUUUUCUGGUUUCAAAGCUUGGUUUAGGAAUCAAAGGUGUCGCUCUUGGUGGGGUGUGGACAAAUAUCAAUCUCGUAGCUUCUCUAAUCAUCUACAUAUUUAUCUCUGGUGUGUACAAAACAACUUGGGGAGGCUUGUCCAAAGAAUGUCUAAAAGGUUGGAAUUCACUACUCAAUUUGGCAAUUCCAAGCUGCAUUUCUGUGUGUCUCGAAUGGUGGUGGUACGAGAUCAUGAUUUUGCUGUGUGGGUUGUUGAUCAACCCGAGAGCAACUGUUGCUUCAAUGGGUAUUCUGAUUCAGACCACUUCUCUAAUCUACAUAUUCCCAUCUUCCCUGAGCUUCAGCGUGUCGACGAGGGUGGGAAACGAACUGGGUGCCAACCGGUCUUCGAAAGCGAAGCUGGCAGCCAUUGUAGGCCUGUCUUGUAGCUUCGUAUUGGGAUUUUCAGCUCUGACAUUCGCAACAAUGGUGAGGAAUGUGUGGUCUACUAUGUUCACACAAGAUAAAGAGAUCAUAGCGUUGACAUCUCUUGUUUUGCCUAUAAUUGGGCUGUGCGAACUUGGGAAUUGUCCACAGACAACGGGGUGUGGGGUGCUGAGAGGAACAGCUAGGCCUAAAGUUGGAGCAAACAUCAACUUGGGUUGCUUUUACUUUGUGGGGAUGCCAGUUGCAGUAGGGUUAGGGUUCUUUUUCGGGUUCAAUUUCGAAGGGCUGUGGAUGGGUCUAUUGGCUGCGCAGGGGUCUUGUGCAGUCACCAUGUUGGUGGUUUUGAGUCGAACAGAUUGGGAGCUUGAGGCACAAAGAGCUCGAGAGCUGACCAGAGGUGUGGUUGAUGACAGCAAUGAAAUUAAGGAUGAUAAGCCACUUAAACUUGGUGAUUUAGUUUAAACUCCAUCGUUCCACUAAUUAGUUUAAUCAUUUAUUAUUAUUAUUAUUUCCCUUUUCUUCUUUCCCUUAGUUGUAAAGCAGAGAAAGAACAAGAAACUGAGGGAGUUUCAAUUUUUAUUUUUAUUUUCUGUUGGGUCAAGGCCAUCUCCAGAAUUGAAUUUCAAAUUUUGAUUUAUUGAAUGUACGAGGAAUU